UAGUGUGCAUCGUGUAGGGAGAUGCCAACCAUGCCGUUUUUCCCCAAAUUUUACAGUGUUUUACCAAAAGCCAACCGAUUCGACUAUCUCUUAAAAAAGAACAACAGACGUAAAGCACGUAAAAACUAUUUGUCUGAAGAAGAUGGUCGUAUUAAGUCCAAACCGGUUCAUGCCAUUCGCGAUAUCUAUCCGUGGAAAAACAAAGAGCAGUUUGUAGAUCAUUUAGCGGAAAACGUGAUCUAUAACAAAGAUGGUCUGAUAGCCAUUAAUAAGCCAUAUGGAGUACCAUUGCUGAAAAAUGGUCUAAUUAAAGGCUCAAACGAAAGCCUAUUUUCCAUAGAAGAGGCAUUAACUCCUUUGGCAUCUCUCCUAAAUGUUGAAAAACUCUUACCGGCUAAAAUGGUUGAAAGAUUCGCUAGUGGAAUUUCACUGUUUGCUAGUAAGGAGAAAGUGAUUGACAAAAUACGACAAAGCUAUAUCAACAACAAAUCAAAGAAGAUCUAUACAUUCAAGUACCUCGCUGUCACCAUCGGAGAACCUAAGCCAUCUUCUUCAAGGGGUACUGUUGGCAUGGGCUUCUUCGAGCAUCAAGAUAUUGAAAAGAAAUUGCUUGCAAUAAUGAAAGACUACAGCAACAAAAAGGUCGCUGAUGGAUUAGUACGCGAAUUUCGAGUCGACUACAAAACUUUGUCUCGCGGAGAUGAACCUUGUAGCUUAGUAGAAAUCGACGUCUCGUCGACCAAGAAUCAUUUCCUACGCGUCUAUUUGGCUCACCUGUUCUCACCUGUCCUGGGAGAUCACAUCUACGGCAAUCGCGUUCAAGACAUUAUGGGAAAACGUUUAGCCAUUAGCCCUCUCCAAGCUGAUAGCUUGUCAGUUUUUCAGAAAAUACCAGCUGAAAUUUUAACUCGACUGAAAGUAACUGAAAGUGGUAUAGUACCCAACUGCCUCCACCUUAGUCAGAUGACUCUUUCAAAAUUCGCCAGUAAAGAUUCGAAUUUGGUAUUAAAAGCGGACCCUCCUCCAUGUUUUCAGUACAUCUGUCAGACGUUUGGUUUAGAUCUGCCGACCGACGAGUCGGUUGUAGUGACACAUAUGUAAAUAAAACAUCUUUUCUAGUAA